AAAAAAAAAAAAAAAAAAGGAAGAAAGAAAUCCUCAAAAAAAUAGUGCACCCUUUCCUGUGGAAUUACUCCGCUCAGUUGCGCUACACAAUGCUGACACACCUACUGUCGCGGGCUCUCGCUCGCCGCUUUGCAGCCAGUGCCCACUACUCUACCUCUCCCAUUUUCGCUUCCGCUACUGCUUCUUUCCAUCGUCAAAGUUUGUUUUUUUCUUCCUCUUCUUCGUCUCAGAUUCCGGACGGUACUGUGGUUCAGCACCUGGAGAAUGAAGACGUCCUUAAUCAACGACCCUUCUCUUCUGAACCUUCCACAUCCACAAUCUCCAUUGAUCGCUCUGGCCUCUGUAACCCACCUGAGCACUCUCAUGAGCCUUCUUCGGACACUGAGCUUAUCAAGCAUCUCAAGGGCAUUAUCAAGUUUCGUGGAGGACCAAUUUCAAUUGCUGAAUAUAUGGAAGAGGUUUUGACAAAUCCUAAAGCAGGAUUUUAUAUUAAUCGUGAUGUUUUUGGGGCAGAAGGUGAUUUUAUAACAUCUCCUGAAGUGAGUCAGAUGUUUGGCGAGAUGGUUGGUGUCUGGGCUAUGUGUCUCUGGGAGCAAAUGGGACGACCAGAAAAGGUGAAUUUGGUAGAAUUGGGUCCAGGAAGAGGAACUCUCAUGGCUGAUCUGCUACGUGGUGCUUCCAAACUUAAAAACUUCACCAAUUCGUUGCAUGUGCACUUUGUAGAGUGUAGUCCAGCAUUACAGAAGCUUCAGCACACUACCUUGAAAUGUAGCGAUGAAGAUAAUAAAGCUGAUGGUGUUGAAAAAAGCAGCGUCAGCACAUUGGCUGGAACCCCUGUGUCAUGGCAUCCCACAUUGGAGCAGGUCCCCUCUGGAUUGCCCACAAUCAUUAUUGCUCAUGAGUUUUAUGAUGCCCUACCAGUACACCAAUUUCAGAGAGCUUCUCGUGGCUGGAGUGAAAAAAUGGUAGAUGUAGCUGAAGAUUCAACGUUCAAAUUUGUUCUUUCUCCCCAACCAACACCUGCAGCUCUCUAUUUGAUGAAACGAUGCAAAUGGUCUUCAAGUGAAGAGAUCGCUAAACUCAAUCAGAUAGAGAUUUGCCCCAAAGCAAUGGAGUUGACUCAAACUAUUGCCGAGAAAAUAAGUUCUGAUGGAGGUGGUGCGCUUAUUAUCGAUUAUGGCCUAAAUGGAGUUGUUUCAGAUAGUUUGCAGGCAAUUCGAAAACACAAAUUCGUUAACAUCCUCGACAAUCCUGGUUCAGCUGAUCUUAGUGCAUACGUUGAUUUUCCUUCAAUAAGGCAUGCUGCUGAGGAAGUUUCAGGCAAUGUUGCUGUGUACGGUCCCAUGACUCAGUCUCAAUUUUUAGGUUCGCUUGGCAUCAACUUUCGAGUCGAGGCACUUUUGGAAAAUUGCACAGAUGAGCAGGCCGAGUCUCUGAGGACUGGAUAUUGGCGGUUGGUAGGUGAAGGUGAGGCACCCUUCUGGGAGGGGCCUGAUGAAGAGGCACCCAUUGGAAUGGGCACCCGUUAUAUGGCCAUGGCCAUUGUAAACAAGAAGCAUGGCACUCCGGUGCCCUUUCUAUGAAAAGCUAAUUGAAAUAUUUAUUAUGGAGAAUUUUUAAUGCAUCUUGGAUAGAAUAGUGUUUCCUUACCGACAAAAGAAACCAAUACUUUGUAGAUUAGUUUUCUGCAGCGGGGUUUAUAAGUUUAUGUUUGUAAUUUGUACAAUGUGGGAACGAACUUCACCUUAUCUUCAUCAAUAAAGAGUACAUUAUUUUCCCAAUA